AGGGUAAAGGUGUUUUGUUUGGUUAUUUUGCAAUCAACAUAAAUUAUCCAAAUAAAUGUAAAGAAGAAAAUAUAAGUAAAUCGUGUAUAUUCCUAAUAUUUGAGGUAGUAAAUUGUGAUUAUUUAAUUCCCCUUAAGAGCGCUUUAGUUCAUUAGUUCGCGCAAAUGGUCUGAUAAUGGACUCAAAAAACGGUCUUUUAGAUACGGAAAACUUCAAUUUAAGUCUGGAUAUGGGCGACGAUAAACUCGACGAGGUUAAUUAUGAGAGUGAUGUGUCUUCCAGCAGUUCGGAAAGUACGAACGCGCCGUCUAUUAGUUCUGUGAGUUCGGAUUCUUCGGGAAGGGGGCGACGUUCCAGGCACAAGAGGGGCCGCUCGAGGGACAGCAAUUCGCCGCCUUUUAAGCGGGCGCAGCCCAGAGGCAAGUCUUACGAUUAUAUGACUAAACUGAAUUACCUUUUUCGUGAUUCUCGCUUCUUUGUGAUCAAAUCGAAUAAUGCUGAAAAUAUAACGUUAUCCAAAGCGAAAGGGGUUUGGUCUACGUUGCCCCAAAAUGAAGCAAAUUUAAAUCAGGCGUAUCGAGAGUCUCGAAACGUGCUGCUGAUAUUCUCGGUGAAGGAAAGUGGGAGAUUUGCUGGUUUUGCUCGGCUGCACAGCGAAUCGCGACACGACGUACCUGCGAUUUCGUGGGUGUUGCCGCCUGGACUUUCAGCGAAAGCACUCGGAGGUGUGUUCAAAGUGGAUUGGAUAUGCCGUAAGGAAUUACCUUUCAACGAAACAAUGCACUUGUAUAACCCGUGGAAUGAUGGUAAACCAGUCAAGAUUGGACGCGACGGGCAGGAGAUCGAACCGAGAGUUGCUGAAGAACUGUGUCGGUUGUUUCCCGAGGACGAUGGAAUUGAAAUGACUCCAAUAUUGCGAAUAUCCAAAGAAGCAUCUAAGAGAAAUGGGGUUCGCGGGCACAGACAUCCGAAAGCGCGAAUGCCUAUCGCUCUGCGUAAUUCCUCACUGAGCAGUAUGCGUGGUCGUAAUUCAUCGUAUUCGCGUAGAAAAUUCUACUUGACUUCUCGAAGGAUGACGUCGUCGGGGUCGGCGUACCGCAGUUCGCCGUCGCCAAGAUCGCGCGAUCGAUAUUCCUUUUAUGAUCGAGAAUCCUCACGUCAAUACACGGCGGCCGCUGCCGAAGCGUACGUGGCUGAUUACAUGCGUUCCAUGCAACAUCAAUUACCUCCUUUACCGUACGCGGCACCACCAGGUCUGUAUUCUUCGUCGGCUUAUGACUCGAUCCCGCCACCGCCCCGCUACUAUGAAGGAUUACCUUUUCCAGAAUAUGCAACAUCGAGAAGUACAAGUUACUCUGACAAGAGAUCUUACGAUCGUUCUGUAGAUGAAUUUCUCUGGAGAACAAGUGACCGUUCCAGAGUAAGGGAGCGGGAUAGGGAACGUCACCGUUACCGCGAUAGAAGGUGAAUUGGCACUACUUUGUGUUGUAGGCAAUACACAAAAUUAUUAUUACUGUACUUCUACUGAGUUUGUUUAUAUUUUAGGUUUGUGUAGGUUGAAUGUAAGUAUGAAAGAAACAGUUUUCAAAUUUACAAUAAUUUUUGCGUUUUAGUAAGGGCCAAUUAUGUUCAUGCUCCCAUCAUUUUCUUGUAUCAUGAUCUCUAAUUUUUCGAUUUAUCAACAAAAAAAAACAAAUUGUUUACAUUGAUGUGUAAUCUUUGUAUAAUUUUUUCUUUAUAUUUUAAUAAAUAGUGUAGAUGGUAAGUUUCAUAACAUUUAUUUUAUCGUUGUUGGUUCCAUUUACAAUGUUAUUGUAGCCUGUAGUUUAUCAUAUCCUGUUAUACAGUUAUUGAGUUUGAGAUGGUCUAAAACUAAAACCCUCAUACUAGGGUUGCCACCUUUUCCGAAAUUGAAGUAAGGACAAGCAGUUUUGUUGAGGGGAAGAGGAGGGGGCACUGAGCGUUCAAAUCAAAAAAUAAAGUAUAAUGUAUAAACAAUUUUAAAACUUUAUUUUCAUGCUUUACAUUUACUUAAAUAUAAAUGUAUAUUUUUCGUUUCCUUUUUCGAUAAAAUUUUUCUCUUCAAGUCUGUCAUAAUUGUAAAAAUAUCAGUCAACAUGGCGCGAAGGUAGCGAAAACCUGAAAAUAUAAGCGUGUAAGGACGUAUUAAGAUAAAACAAAAGGACAUAAUAGGUAAAACAAGGACUGUUCUUACCAAAUAAGGACAGGUGGCAACCCUACCUCAUACAGUGAGUCUGAAGUCUUUAUUAAGGUUGUUCUACAGGCAACUCUAAUACUACUUCGACUCCAGAACGAAAGUGAGUUUAGCAGAACAUUGAAAAUUUCAAAUUUCUUACUAGUUCUAUUUGCACUCAUAUUAUUAGUUCUACAGUUCGAGAUGAAUUUGUGUAAAGGUUCCGUUUAUUUACACAAUUGUGUCUGUAAUGUGAGCACUUCAUUAUCCAAAAUUGGGAAAAUUAUUAAUAAUAAUCUUUAUCCUAUGAACAUGAUAAAAUGAAAUGAAGAUUGUAGAAAGAAGAAUCACAAGGCGAAGUUCAGAUGUACAAAGAGAGAGAGAGAGAGAGAGAUCCUGUUAGUUCGGAUAGUUCUAUCACACUGUAAAGAAUAAAAUAGUGCGACAACGACAACCUUUAUAUAUCUUUUCGAAAUGGUAAAGUUAGACUUAUAGCCUGUUAAUAAUAUCAUUCAUUAUAAAUUAAA